AUGAGAGCCGUGGAGACCAGGGCCACACCUGAGAAUGCUGCCAAAUACGAGUACCUGGAAGAGGUCGGCCUGGUCAAUUGUGCAGGCAACGAGUUCGAGGAAGCUCUCCGUGUCGAGGCCGUGAAGAAGCCUGGGGAUAUGCGCUUCGAACAAGUCACUCUAGAGGUGAAGAAGCCCUCCGCAGUCGCGCGGAGGGCUCUGCUUCUCGAUGCCAUGGCGGCUUGGAGGCGGCAGUUAUACUGCUGA